AUGAGAGAGAAGGAAUGUGAUGUCGGGAGACUCACAGCACUCUCGAAUGGAACUUGUCAAGAUCUACGAUCGCCAAAAGCCGAGGAAUGCUGUGACGCCUGCAGGGCGGGAAUCUCGUCCACAACAUGUACUGCCGCGUGGCUUGACGAUGAUCCCAUGCUCUCGAAAGUAUUCGGAUCGUGUUGUGCGCACGCGAGUCUCGAUGGGAUGGCUCGGAAUCGGUCGGUCGUGGACAGACUCAGGACCCAGCGCUCGCAACCCACGGUAUCGGAAUGUCCUCGUGGCUUCGACUUCGAUCAAGAAUCCUCCUCCUGCAAAGAUAUCGACGAGUGCCUCUCGGGAAGGAACAUCUGUCCAGAAGGAUCUCUGUGCAUCAACAAAGCUGGCGGUUUCGACUGUGCGAAAAUGCCAUUGCUACCAGAAAUCGAUCCCAAGUGCCGGCCAGGGUUCGCGUACAACCGUCACGUACGGGAAUGCAUAGACGUGGACGAGUGUAGAGUCGAUGUGAACAGCUGUAAGCCGGGUCAAGUUUGCAUGAAUCUGCCGGGAAGUUUUUCGUGUAAGCCUACGACGAGCUCGGAUUGCGCUGACGGAUACGUUUUCAAAACUGGGACCGGCUGCGUGGACCUCGACGACUGCGCUUCUGCGAAUGCCUGUUCCAUGGAAGAGCAUUGUGUCAACUUCGGUGGUCACUACAUGUGCGUCCCAAGCUGCGGAGCCGGGUUCCAACUCGACCCCUUGAAGGUUGAGUGCGUCGACAUCGAUGAAUGCUCGGCGAACACGCACAAUUGUUCGGGAAGACAAGACUGCGUUAAUACUGCCGGAUCCUUCAGCUGCAAAGAAUCGAAUCUCGUGGAAACGUGUCGGUACGGCUUCCGACGAAACGCCGAGGGAGAUUGCAAGGACAUCGACGAAUGCGCGUCACGGACUCACAACUGCUCAGCAUCGCAGAAGUGCAUCAAUCUCGAGGGCAGCUUCCUUUGCAUGGAACAAUGUCGCCAAGGCUUCGCCCUAAAUGCCGCGGGUCACUGCGAAGAUAUCGACGAGUGUAAAACAACGUCCCCUUGCCGAGGAGCACUGGAAAGGUGUCGAAACACUGUCGGGAGUUUCGUUUGCGAUUGCGAGACAGGUUUCGAAAGAGUCGGCUCCGUUUGCAGGGAUAUCGAUGAGUGCAAGCGCUUCCGGAAUCCCUGCGGACAGCAUGCCUUGUGCUCGAACACUCUCGGAUCGUUCAGUUGUUACGUGUACUGCGGAGACGGGUACAAUCAGGUCAACGGAAGCUGCAUCGACAAAAACGAGUGCGAAGAGUUCGACCGGCCUCCUUGCCUCCACGGCCAACGAUGUGUGAAUCUACCGGGCACCUACAAGUGCGAGGAUGAGGACUGCGAGGCCUUGGGUAAAGUCCGCGCCGCGGACGGCAGCUGUAUGAUCAGGCGGACCUGUUUACGAGGAUACCGUCAUGAUCUUGGGACAGACAAAUGUGUCGAUCAAGACGAGUGUACCGAACUGGAUCUUCCCGCGUGUCCGCGGAGCAGCUACUGCGUGAACACCCCCGGCAGUUUCAAGUGCGUUCCGAACCUCGUGACAUGUCCGAUUGGCCUUCAAAGAAGUCUUGAUGGAACGCAGUGCGAGGAUGUCGACGAAUGUUCCCAAGACUUGCACAACUGUGAUUUGGAGAAAGAAGUUUGCGUCGACCGACUCGGGACUUUCGAUUGCAUAUGCAAGCAGGGUUUCGAGAGAGAUGCAUCAGGAAUAUGCGUGACGAGAGGCACCGGCGCUUGCGGUCGGGGUUUCCGUCGGUCUGUACUCGACGGACGAUGUCAAGAUAUCAAUGAGUGCGAAGAUCCCGGAGCUUGUGCGCAUGAAUGCGAGAAUACGAUCGGAUCCUUCGAAUGCAAAUGCAGGGCGGGCUUCGAGCCCGAUAAAAACGACCGGACUAAGUGCACAGACAUAAAUGAAUGUGAAGUCGAUGCACUUUGCAAGGGCGUGUGCGUGAACACACACGGCUCCUUCAACUGCAGCUGUCCCGCAGGAUACGAGACGAAAGCUGAUACAUGUGUGGACGUUGAUGAAUGCGUUAUCCCCUCGGAGAAUAAUUGCACGAAGCCCGACACGUGCCUCAACAUCGGCGGUGGUUUCCGAUGCAUAUCCCAUGGAUGUCCGCCGAACUAUACCGAAGACGGGGCCGAUGCGAUGCGCUGUAUGCGAAAAGAGCCUUGUCCCAAUCCAUCCGAAUGCUCGCUCCAACCAGACUUGAUUGUCUUCAACCACACACCGUUGAGUCAAACUUCCUCGCGAAGGCCGGUCACGGUCCGCAUUAGCGGACAGCGCGAUGCCCACGUAGAGUUUUCUCUGCAGGUCCGGGACGUCAUCCUCCACCAGAAGGGUCUCACAAAAGCCACACAGGACAAUUUUACUUUAAGGUCGCGACGAACAUCGGCUAGGGUAUACGUUCGUAAGCGAAUACACGGACCGCAAGAUGUCCACAUGGUAUUGACGGCAAAGCUCUUCUCACGUCAGAACGGGUCCUCGACGGACAUCAGGAUUUCCAAAAUUGUGGAAUGGAGAAUCGUGUUAUACGUGCCCGCUUUCAAUCUUUAAGCUCCCCGCGGGCUCUCAGGGAAUGUAUGCGCUGAGUUAUCUCAGACCCGCUCCCAGGACUCGGUCAGCUUCCGAGGGCGUCGUCCGUACCGGAUGAUUUUAAAAUAGUCUUGUAAAUAUUUUCAAGCAAAAAUAUCGUCACUCGAUCAAUCCUCUAUUCAUAAAGCAAAGGAGACCCUCAAGAGAAUACUCCCAUGCUAUGUGAACGCGCGUUCGGCGUGGCUUUCUCAGAACAGAGUGCGAAGGCCGGUUUCGAUUUCUUGUCAGUGCAUGUGAUCCAUGCC